AACUCUUGUUAUAUUUGCCAUUUGGUGCAAAACUGGUUUGUUUGGAAAAAAUGGCUGCCGCCAUGAUGGUGCCUUUUUCACAUCUUCUGCAAGUUUAUGUGACGACCUGUUUAAAGUUUAACAUUGACACGAGGUGGACUUCAAUAUGUAUGAUCUACUUAUGCUGCCACAAUGUAAAGGCAACAAUCACUUGGUUUUGCUGGUUGCAAGUGUUAUGUCCAGGACUGUAACCAUUUACGACUCGUUGGGUGGUAACAACAAGGCCUUGUUCGAUUUGUUCUGCCAGUUCAUGUGUCAACGAGCGCAAAUUGUGAAAGAUGGCUUGGAAAAAUUCAGUUCAGAGUUCAAAGCGCCACCUUGCAACAAACAGCGCCAUGGAAACAGCUGUGGAGUGUUUGCAUUGAUGACUGCCAAAUGUUUGGUCAUGAAAAAGCAUCCCACAAUGUUGCGACAGGCCCAUGAUUCAUUUUAUCGAGACUAGUCGUGAGACGCAGACUUCUGAUUCAUGGAGUGCGGCAAACAUAUCUGUGCGACUCAAUCAUUCCACUGUAAAGACCCG